AUGUCCACAAGCAUUUCUUUCCAGGAACUAAUUGAACCAUCGCGCGAGCUUGCUGCAGAGAAUAGUGCUGAGAUUGUUCUUGAUGAACAGGAGCCUGAAAGCUUAAUCGAACUCGAUGAACGUGAGCAGGCAAUGGAAGAUGUUUUACAUGACCUGGAGAACCUCAAUGCUCAAGGAUUACUGGACUUACGUCUGGAUAGUCCGCUGGGCCAACCGAACGAGUUGCAGAAUGUAGCUGAGAGUAGCAAUAAGCCAGCGGAUGAGAUGUUGGUUCCAAUCGGACCGCUUCCAGCGAAAGAAGUAGAAAAUGCCGAUGUGCCUGCUAUACCUCCGCCACCGGGCUGGAAACCGAAACGAGACGAAAAUCGCUAUGCAUCUGACCUGAUGGAGCUACUUUCGUUGGAUAACCCCAGUUCCGAAGCUGAUUCGUUUGCGUCCGACUGGUCCAAACUUAUGGCAACCACUAGUGCCGCUAUACCAAGUACCAGUACAGUGAUGAUAACUUCGGCGUUGCCCUCACAGCUGCUCGAUUAUUCGCCUGGCGAAAGCAAUUUUCCAAAUCCAUUUGCUGAACCAGUCGAUCCAAAUUUUGACGUAAAUUUUUUUCACUUAUUUUUUGAUAACUGA